UUUUUAAUUUUUUUCCUAAAGAGUGAUAUAUGAUGUUUAUAUUUACAUCGCUGGUGAAGAUAAAGAGAAGCUGUUCAGCUCUGAUUUGAACUGCAGAGGCUGUGGACAAUUACAAGUUGCUGCUAUGUGUUCAAGAUGAGUGGGAUGGGGGAAAAUACCUCUGACCCUGCCAGGGCAGAGACAAGAAAGCGAAAGGAAUGUCCUGAGCAGCUCGGACCCAGCCCAAAAAGAAGCACUGAGAAACGUAAUCGUGAGCAGGAGAAUAAAUAUAUUGAAGAACUUGCAGAGUUGAUUUUUGCAAAUUUUAAUGAUAUAGACAACUUUAACUUCAAACCUGACAAAUGUGCGAUACUAAAAGAAACUGUGAAGCAAAUUCGGCAGAUCAAAGAACAAGAGAAAGCAGCCGCCGCCAACAUUGAUGAAGUCCAGAAGUCAGACAUAUCAUCUACAGGGCAAGGUGUCAUCGACAAAGAUGCUCUGGGGCCUAUGAUGCUUGAGGCCCUUGAUGGGUUCUUCUUUGUAGUGAAUCUGGAAGGCAAUGUUGUAUUUGUUUCAGAGAAUGUGACACAGUACCUAAGGUAUAACCAAGAGGAGUUGAUGAACAAAAGUGUAUACACUAUCCUGCAUGUUGGGGACCACACUGAAUUCGUCAAAAACCUGCUGCCAAAGUCUAUAGUGAAUGGGGGAUCUUGGUCUGGCGAACCUCCUAGGCGGAAUAGCCAUACCUUCAAUUGUCGGAUGCUGGUAAAACCUUUACCUGAUUCAGAAGAGGAAGGUCAUGAUAGCCAGGAAGCACAUCAGAAAUAUGAAACUAUGCAGUGCUUUGCUGUCUCUCAGCCAAAGUCCAUCAAAGAAGAAGGAGAAGAUCUGCAGUCCUGCUUGAUUUGUGUGGCAAGAAGAGUCCCCAUGAAGGAAAGACCAGUUCUCCCCUCAUCAGAAAGUUUUACUACUCGCCAAGAUCUGCAAGGCAAGAUCACUUCAUUGGAUACUAGCACCAUGAGGGCAGCCAUGAAACCAGGCUGGGAGGACCUAGUGAGGAGAUGCAUUCAGAAGUUUCACGCGCAGCCAGAGGGGGACUCUCUGUCCUAUGCUAAGAGGCAUCAUCAUGAAGUGCUGAGGCAAGGACUGGCAUUCAGUCCGAUCUAUCGGUUUUCCUUGUCCGAUGGCACUCUUGUCGCUGCACAGACGAAGAGCAAACUCAUCCGUUCUCAGACUACUAAUGAACCUCAGCUUGUAAUAUCAUUGCAUAUGCUUCACAGAGAACAGAAUGUAUGUGUAAUGAAUCCGGAUCUGACUGGACAAGCGAUGGGGAAGCCAUUAAAUCCACUUAGCUCUAGCAGCCCUGCCCAUCAGGCCAUGUACAGUGGGAACCCAGGUCAGGACAUGACCCUCAAUAGCAAUAUAAAUUUUCCUAUAAAUGGCCCAAAGGAGCAAAUGGGCAUGCCCAUGGGUAGGUUUGGUGGUUCUGGGGGAAUGAACCAUGUAGCAAGCAUGCAAGCAGCCACUCCUCAGGGUAGUAACUAUGCACUCAAAAUGAACAGCCCCUCACAAAGCAGCCCUGGCAUGAACCCAGGACAGCCCAGCUCCAUGCUUUCACCAAGGCAUCGCAUGAGCCCUGGAGUGGCUGGAAGCCCUCGAAUCCCACCCAGUCAGUUUUCCCCUGCAGGAAGCUUGCAUUCCCCUGUGGGAGUUUGCAGCAGCACAGGAAAUAGCCAUAGCUACACCAACAGUUCCCUCAAUGCACUUCAGGCACUUAGCGAGGGGCAUGGGGUCUCAUUAGGGUCAUCAUUGGCUUCACCGGACCUAAAAAUGGGCAAUUUGCAGAACUCCCCCGUUAAUAUGAAUCCUCCCCCACUCGGCAAGAUGGGAAGCAUAGACUCCAAAGACUGUUUUGGACUUUAUGGGGAGCCAUCUGAAGGUACAACUGGACAAGCAGAAAACAGCUGCCAUCCUGGAGAGCAAAAAGAAGCAACUGAUUCCAGCCUGUCCCAGGCUGUAAGCAGUGAGAGACCUGAGGGGCAGAGCAGACUGCAUGACAGCAAAGGACAGACCAAACUCCUGCAGCUGUUGACCAACAAAUCGGACCAGAUGGAGCCUUCGCCCUUAUCCAGCUCUUUAUCAGAUACAAACAAGGACUCCACAGGUAGCUUGCCUGGUUCUGGGUCAACACAUGGAACUUCGCUCAAGGAGAAGCAUAAGAUUUUGCACAGACUCUUGCAGGAUAGCAGUUCCCCUGUGGACUUGGCUAAGUUAACAGCAGAAGCCACAGGCAAAGAGCUGAGCCAAGAGGCCAAUAGCACAGCUCCUGGUUCAGAUGUGACUAUUAAACAAGAACCUGUGAGCCCCAAGAAAAAAGAGAAUGCACUACUUCGAUAUUUGCUAGAUAAAGACGAUACUAAAGAUGUUGGUUUGCCAGAAAUAACUCCCAAACUUGAGCGACUGCACAGUAAGACAGACCCUGCCAGUAACACAAAGUCAAUAGCUAUGAAAACUGAGAAGGAAGAGAUGAGCUUUGAGCCUAGUGACCAGCCUGGCAGUGAGCUGGACAACUUGGAGGAGAUUUUGGAUGACUUACAAAAUAGUCAAUUACCACAGCUAUUCCCGGACACGAGACCAGGAGCCCCUGCUGGAUCAGUUGACAAGCAAGCCAUCAUCAAUGACCUCAUGCAACUCACAGCUGAAAACAGCCCUGUCACACCUGGUGGAACCCAGAAAACAGCACUAAGAAUUUCACAGAGCACUUUUAAUAACCCACGACCAGGGCAACUGGGCAGGUUAUUGCCAAACCAGAAUUUACCACUUGACAUCACAUUGCAAAGCCCAACUGGUGCUGGACCCUUCCCACCAAUCAGAAACAAUAGCCCCUACUCAGUGAUUCCUCAGCCAGGAAUGAUGGGUAAUCAAGGCAUGAUAGGAAACCAAGGAAAUUUAGGGAACAGUAGCACAGCAGGAAUGAUUGGUAAUAAUGCUGCCCGACCUACCAUGCCAUCUGGGGAAUGGCCACCUCAGAGCUCUGCUGUGAGGGUCACCUGUGCUGCUACCAUCAGUGCCAUGAACAGACCAAUCCAAGGAAAUAUGAUUCGGAACCCGACAGCCAGCAUCCCCAUGAGACCUAACAACCAGCCUGGUCAAAGACAGAUGAUUCAACCUCAGGUCAUGAAUAUAGGGCCAUCUGAAUUAGAGAUGAACAUGGGGGGACCUCAGUAUAGCCAACAACAAGCUCCUCCAAAUCAGACUGCCCCCUGGCCUGAAAGCAUCCUGCCUAUAGACCAGGCAUCUUUUGCCAGCCAAAACAGGCAGCCAUUCGGCAGCUCUCCAGAUGACUUGCUGUGUCCACAUGCUGCAGCAGACUCGCCAAGUGAUGAGGGAGCACUCUUGGACCAACUCUACUUGGCUUUACGGAAUUUCGAUGGCUUGGAGGAGAUUGACAGAGCUCUGGGAAUACCUGAACUGGUCAGCCAGAGCCAAGCAGUAGAUCCAGAACAGUUCUCAAGUCAGGAUUCCAGCAUCAUGCUAGAGCAGAAAACCUCUGUUUUCCCUCAGCAGUAUGCAUCUCAGGCACAGAUGGCCCAGGGUAGCUAUACUCCCAUACAAGAUCCAAACUUUCAUGCCAUGGGACAGCGGCCUAAUUAUGCCACACUUCGCAUGCAGCCAAGACCAGGCCUCAGGCCCACAGGCCUAGUGCAGAACCAACCAAACCAACUGAGACUUCAGCUGCAGCAUCGCCUCCAAGCACAGCAGAAUCGCCAGCCCCUUAUGAAUCAAAUCAGCAAUGUUUCAAAUGUGAACUUGACUCUGAGGCCUGGCGUGCCAGCACAGGCUCCUAUUAAUGCACAGAUGUUGGCUCAAAGACAGAGGGAAAUCUUGAACCAGCAUCUUCGACAAAGACAGAUGCAUCAGCAACAACAAGUUCAGCAACGAACUUUGAUGAUGAAAGGACAAGGGUUGAAUAUGACAUCAAGCAUGGUGGCUCCUAGUGGUUUACCAGCAACUAUGAGCAACCCUCGGAUACCCCAGGCAAAUGCACAGCAGUUUCCAUUUCCUCCAAACUACGGAAUAAGUCAGCAACCUGAUCCAGGCUUUACCGGUGCUACGACACCCCAAAGCCCUCUGAUGUCACCCAGAAUGGCACAUACCCAGAGCCCCAUGAUGCAGCAGUCUCAGGCUAAUGCAGCCUAUCAGGCCUCCGCUGACAUGAAUGGAUGGGCGCAGGGGAACAUGGGUGGAAACAGCAUGUUUUCACAACCAUCCCCGCCACACUUUGGGCAGCAAGCGAACACCAGCAUGUACAAUAACAAUAUGAACAUCAAUGUAUCCAUGGCGACCAACACAGGUGGGAUGAGCAGCAUGAACCAGAUGACGGGACAGAUCAGCAUGACCUCAGUGACCUCUGUGCCUACAUCAGGGCUGUCCUCCAUGGGUCCGGAGCAGGUUAACGAUCCUGCUCUGAGAGGAGGCAACCUUUUCCCAAACCAGCUGCCUGGAAUGGAUAUGAUUAAGCAGGAGGGAGAUGCAUCACGGAAAUAUUGCUGACACUGAAGGUAACUGGUUGCUUCUUCAGCUGACUGGGCUCACUUGCUCAAAACACUUACCACUCUGCAGAACUGUGUCUAUCUGUUUUGACCCAACUGACCUGCCGGCCAGUUCUGCCAGAGCAAGGUCAGCAGAGGCCCCUGGGUCCUGCCGCCCAGGGUGGAGGCCACUCGGCUGUUUCAGGAGGAGCUGCCUCUUCCCGUGACAGCCUGAAGCUCAUGUCCAGACAGUUGCUCAGUCUGUUCACUGCAUUCACCUCAGUGCAACUUAGAUCUCUCCUGCAAAGUAAACGUUGACAGGCAAAGUUCAGACCCAUGUCAGAUUGAAUGUAUUUUACAUGUCUGUAUUUAAGGAAAACAACCAUGCUCUUGUUCUGUUCCUGUUUGGUUCCAGACACUGGUUUCUUGCUUUGUUUCCUCUGGCUAAUCAGUCUAGUACAAAAGAUUUAAGAUUUCAUCUGGGAAUGGGAACGAAGGAUAAGAACUGUUUUCAUAAAAAAAUAAAAGUUUUAAACUAAAAACCUCCACUUGGAAUAAAAGCGAGGCAGACACCAUGAACAGCACUCUCUGUACAGAGAUGCCUUAGAAGUGAAGACCUGGAGAGUCAUACUAAUAUCUUUGUAGAAAGCCCUAAAACCAUGCUGGAGUUUUCAGUUAACGAACAGAUAAAAAGAAGCCUAUGAGAGGAAUGUUAAUAUUAACAGGUUCUCUCUCUCUCUCUCUCUCUCUUGUUAAACUAAGCUCAUUUUAAAAUUGUGAAUCAGGAGAUAUUUUUAUUUCUGAAUGGGCUCCCUUUAGAUUGAUCAGACAGCUUGACUUAGAUCCCUUUCUCUCCUCCCUUCCCCUGCUCCAAACUCCUCCUAUCCCAUCUCUGUCUCACCCAGGUAAACCCUUUCUUUCCUUAAAUAUUUGCCAGCCACUUCUCAGUCACUAUUAAAUUUCAGGCCAAAAAAAUUGCAUUUACUGGCAAGGAGAGGAGCACAGUCGGACCUGAUAUCAGUAAAACUAAGGAUACCUGCUUGGAAGCAUAUUUAGUUAUUCUGUCCUCCAGCAACACUGGCCUACAUAAUGGGAGAAAAUAGUAGUGUGUUUAAAAUUGAUUGCAGAUAUCACGACAGAUUUAACCUCCGCCUUGUGUUUUUUAUUUUGUUGGGGUUUUUGUUUUUGUUUUUAUUUUUAGCAGUGCUGACUAAGCCGAAGUUUUGUAAGGUACAUAAAAUCCAAUUUAUAUGUAUAAACAAGCAAUAAUUUAAGUUGAAAACUUAAGUGUUUUAAUUGUAUAAUUUUUGUGAGGUAUAAAUAUUGUGGAAUUGACUCAAAAAUGAGGUACUUCAGUAUUAAAUUAGAUAUCUUCAUAGCAAUGUCUCCUAAAGGUGUUUUGUAAAGAAUAUCAAUGCCUUGAUUAGACCUAAUUUGUAGACUUAAGAGUUUUUAUUUUCUAAACCUUGUGAUUCUGCUCAUAAAUCAUUUAAUAUAUAUGAUAUGCAGCCGCUGUAGGAACCAAUUCUUGAUUUUUAUAUGUUUAUAUUCUUUCUUAAUGAACCAUAGAAAGACUACAUGUCACUAAGCAGGCCACUUUUAUGGUUGUUUUUCUUGUCCACUCUGGUAGGGUAAUAAUCUUUUAUUAACUGGCAUCAGUUUCAGACAAUUGCAAUACCAAGAAACUGAUGACCUUUUUGAGCUAUUUCUCCCUAACUCCUAAUACAUAUACUUUCUUACUUAAAUUUCAGAAUGAUGUCUUUUUGAUGUCUAAAAAGCAAAGCAUUUUAUAUAGGCUUUUUAGGAACAGAGAGGUUAUUCCUUGAAAUUUCGUUGUUUAUUUGUGGCAGGAUGGAAAAAAACUGUACAAACUACCCCUAUUUAUAUUUAUAUCUCUCUCUAUAUGUACAAAUUGUAGAAAUAUGGAAAGAGAUAUAACCCAAAGAUAAAUGGUGAAUAGUCUGAAAGUGUUGCUCCAUACUAAAGAAAUUCUCUGCAAAUUUGCAUUUCGAUACUUUUUCCAAUGAGAGGGGUCUCACUACAGGGAGGUGGCCAAGGAGCGGCACUUCUUGGUGGCCACCAGUUCACAUGUCCCCCUCAAAAGGAUAUACUGUUCUCAACCAAACCAUGGGUUGCCCAAUUGCAAUGGGAAGAAAAUGAGCAGAGGUUGGCCCAGAACUCCAUGAUUUCAUCAGUAUGAUGAAGCUUGUGUCAUACACAAUUUAAUGUGACCAGUUUUAAUUAAGAGUUGAUUUUCAGAAAUACGUGAAUUAGAAUGACUUUAACUUUUUACACAGCACAAAAAGAGAAAUGGAGAUUAAACUGGAUUUGUUUAGUUUUAUGUCCCAUGUCACUAUAGCUCUGUCACCCCCCCCCCAAAAAAAAAUCUGUGUAUCUUUUAUCACUUGUUUAUCUUCUCACUGUGUUUUGAUGUCACUCCCAACUCAGACAAAUCUACAAACCUUCUUAUAAUAAGUCAUGAUCAAUACUGUUGUGAAGGAAAGGAGACGUCAAGCUCUCUUAUGGCUCAGAUCAGGUAGUAGUUCUCACUUCACAGCUUAUUCAGAGAAGGAAGUGAAGGGACCCUCUGGCCACACUCCUCACUAGAGAAGUGAAAGGCAGACAGUCCCUUCACUGCCAGUAUUCCUCAUGCUGUGCAGAGAAGAUUUGUCAGACUCAGUCCUUGGGUUUUGCUUAAUAGAAUAAUAAUCAGUGUUUUACUUAUUACUAAAUGUGAACAACACAUAAUGUGAAAAGUAUACAUAACAUACAUAAACUUGGUUGUAAGCUCAUUUAAGCGUUCAUGUAAUGUGGUGAGUUUAACAAAGUGAAGUGAGCUGUUUUAUUAUAAUGAAUUUGUUGGACUCAAAGAUGAAAAUGCCCUAUCCCACGUGUAUCUCUGAUGGCCUGUAAUAACUGAAGAAAGCAAUGUUUUUGCAGUUUAUAUAAUGCAGUUUUUAAUCUGUGUUUCAAAAUGGAGUUCGUAUGGGCUUAACACAGGAAAUGGGUGGCACAGACCCACUUGCAGAACCCAAAGAUACACAAUCAAUUUUGAAAUGCAACUUAAGCCAUUAACUGUUGGUGUGAAUUUAAAUUUUUUCUAGUAUUUGUAUGGUAGUAUGCUGCCUACGAGCAAAGCAUUCUCUGCACAAAAGAAAAUUACUGUAGUGGCUUCAAUUUUAAUUAGAAUUUUUCUCCCUGGUGUUUCUUUAUAGACUAAAACAAAAUCUCUUAAGUUUCUUACUACAGGUAAAAGCUAUGUGCAAGAACCUCAAAAUGCUAAAAUCUAGCAUAAUGCCUUAGAUCUGUUUUUAAGUCUUGUAUAUUCCUACAUAGCUGUCCAGUGUAUUAUAUUUGUAUAGUGAAUUGUGUACAAUUUUUGAAUAAGUGCAUCAUCACUUGAUCUUUAUGUUGUUGAACAGUGAUGAUUAUACAUUUCUUCACACAUUUAAUUGUCUUUUUUUUUCCUAUGUCAUUUGUGGGUUUUAUUUGUACAGUUCCUCAUGAAGUUGCAUCUGAGAUAUGUGUAUAUGAAAAGAUUAUACAAGGAUAAAAUUAAGCAAUAUAUUAACUGGUUCUUCAGGAGAAAGCUUACAGUGUUUCAGGUUGUGAUUUAUUUUCAAAAUGGAGUUGACUCUGAACAUCACUUUGUUCACCUGCAUUGAUGUCUUUAUUUCUAGUGUGAGCAGUUUAUGCAAAGGUAGAUAUAUUCAGAGAAAUUUUAAAUACAUUUAUGCAAGUUAAUAUUGCUUUGCUGAUGCUAUUUGCUUAUUUGAUGUUAAAUAAUGCUAUUGUAAAUAAAGAAUUCUGUUGUUAUUGCAUCAUUUAAUAAACUUUAAUGCCUUCGGGUUUUACAUGGC